GACACAACAGCAUCACCUUCCUAGCAGUAGAGUAUUUUUGUUUUGUUUUUGUUGGGGUUUCUGAUCUGUUAUCUUCGCCGAAUGUCACAACGUCAUUUCAUUUAUUCCUUAUUUUAUGUUGUAUUUUAUUUGUUGGAGAUUGUGCUAGUUACCGGUAUGGACUUAAUCGGCCACGCAUAUAAAAUAUAAACUUCUCGACGAUAACACUAACAGCAAUGUUUGGACGGUCUAGAAGCUGGGUCGUAGCAGGGCAAGGGAAGUCUAAAAGCAUUCAUUCUCUGGACCACCUGAAAUACAUGUACCAUGUCCUGACGAAGAAUACCACAGUGACGGAUCAUAACCGCAACCUCCUCAUUGAGACCAUCCGGUCCAUAACGGAGAUUCUGAUCUGGGGCGAUCAGAAUGACAGCUCAGUGUUCGACUUCUUUUUGGAGAAGAACAUGUUCGCUUUCUUUCUGAACAUCCUGCGGCAGAAGUCUGGCCGCUACGUGUGUGUGCAGCUCCUGCAGACGCUGAAUAUCCUGUUUGAAAACAUCAGCCACGAGACGUCUCUCUAUUAUCUGCUGUCCAACAACCACGUCAAUUCCAUUAUCGUGCACAAAUUUGACUUUUCUGAUGAGGAGAUCAUGGCGUACUACAUCUCCUUCCUGAAGACACUGUCACUGAAAAUGAACAACCACACUGUGCAUUUCUUUUAUAACGAGCACAGUAAUGAUUUUGCCCUGUACACCGAGGCCAUUAAGUUCUUCAACCACUCGGAGAGCAUGGUCCGGAUUGCAGUCAGGACCAUCACCCUUAACGUGUACAAAGUGUCAUUGGACAACCAGCUCAUGCUGCACUAUAUCAGAGACAAGACGGCUGUUCCCUACUUCUCCAACCUGGUCUGGUUCAUAGGAAGCCAUGUGAUUGAGCUGGAUAACUGUGUGCAGACAGAUGAAGAGCACAGAAACCGUGGCAAGCUCAGUGACUUGGUGGCAGAGCACCUGGAUCACCUGCACUAUCUCAAUGAUAUCCUGAUUAUUAACUGUGAAUUCCUCAAUGACGUGCUGACAGACCACCUGCUCAACAGGCUCUUUCUGCCCCUUUAUGUUUACUCCUUGGUGAACCACGAGCAGGCCAAGCUUCUUCCUUUGGUAUCCAGACACGGUACCUGCCCUUAUCUCCAUGUUUCAACAAAACAGCUGCUACAGAGUGGAGAUCGCCCAAAGAUCAGCUCUCAGGUGUCCCUUUACCUCCUCUCACAGGUGUUUCUUAUAAUCCACUAUGCUCCGCUGGUGAACUCCUUGGCAGAUGUUAUUUUGAACGGAGAUCUCUCUGUGUUUUCCCUGCAAGCUGAGCAGGACGUACAGAAAAGCUGUGCGACCACGAGCGUCCGGCGCUUCACGAAGCCUGCAGAGAGCUUGGAAAGAUCACUGGAAAUAAACCGUCAAAGAGGAAGAAAGAAGGUGCAGAAAAGACCAAACUACAAGAAUGUGGGGGAGGAUGAGGAAGACGAGAAAGGGCCCGACGAGGCCCAGGAAGACCCAGACAAGGCUAAAGGUACAGAGGCUAGUUCAAAAGGCAACAAGACAAGUGGAGACAACGAAGAGAUAGAGAUGGUAAUAAUGGAGAGGUGUAAGAUUUCUGAGAAGUCUGGGUUUACGGAACAGAACACGACGGAUGAGGAGAAGACGGCAGCGGCUGCAGCUGCUGGGAUCGAGGUCCAGAAGAGCAGACCCUUUCUGGAUAUGGUUUAUAAUGCACUAGACUGCUCAACGGACGACUACUAUGCCCUCUUUGUCCUCUGUCUCCUGUACGCCAUGUCCCACAGUAAAGGUAUCUCCUCACAGCUGCUGGAGAAGAUCCAGCUCCCAGCACAGCAGGUAGAGAGGAGUUCGUACAGCCAUGUGCUGGCAGAGUGGCUCAUCAGGAUCAUGAACCAGGCAGCACAGCCAGAUGGGAAGAUUCGCUUGGCGACCCUGGAGCUGAGCUGUCUCUUGCUGAAGCAGCUGGUGCAGUCCAGCAGUGACUGCAUCAUUAAAGACGUUCACCUCGCCUGCUUGGAGGGGGCCAAAGAGGAGAGUAUUCACCUGCUGCGACGCUUCUAUAAGGGAGACGAAAUUUUCCUGGAUAUGUUUGAAGAUGAACACAGGAGUAUGACAAGUAAACCGUUGAAUGUCGAGUACCUGAUGAUGGACGCCUCCAUCCUCCUUCCCCCCACGGGAACCCCUCUGACGGGGAUUGACUUUGUGAAGAGACUGCCCUGUGGAGACGUGGAGAGGACCAGGAGGGCAAUCCGGGUGUUCUUCAUGCUGCGCUCCCUGUCGCUGCAUUUGAGGUCCGAGCCCGAGACUCAGCUUCCACUGACCAGAGAGGAGGACCUGAUCCAAACCGACGACGUGCUCGACCUGAAUAACAGUGACCUGAUCGCCUGCAUGGUGGUCUGGAAGGACGGGGGGCAGGCCCAGCGCUUCCUGGCUGUGGACCUGUACCAGAUGAGCCUGGUGGAGCCCGAGACCAAGCGCCUGGGCUGGGGGGUCGUCAAGUUUGCCGGCCUGCUGCAGGACAUGCAGGUGACGGGGGUGGAGGAUGACAGCCGGGCCCUGAACAUCAUCAUCCACAAGCCCACCUCGAACCCGCACGCCAAGCCCUUCCCCAUCCUGCAGGCCAACUUCAUCUUCGCCGACCACAUCCGCUGUAUCAUAGCCAAGCAGCGGCUGGCCAAGGGGCGCAUCCUGGCACGGCGCACGAAGAUGCAGAGGAUAGCCGUGCUGCUGGACCUCCCUGUCCAGCCCUCGGCAGAUGUCCUGGGUUUCCCUCGGAGUUCGGCAGCAUCUUCUCAGCACCUGCCCUUCCGCUUCUACGAGCAGUCCCGCCGUGGGCUGAGCGACUCCACCGUGCAGCGCUCAGUCUUCGCCUCUGUGGACAAGGUCCCAGGCUUUGCGGUGGCCCAGUGUAUAAACCAGCACAGUCCCUCCCAGAUGCCGUCACCCUCCUCCCUGUCCAGCGGGAGUGGGAGUGGGAGUGGGAGCACUGGGCGCUGCGACUCCAUCGCAGCCAGCACUAUCUCCACUCCCUCAGCCACGCAGAGCCCCUCCGGACAAGAGAUUCUGACAGAGUGCAUCCAGGCUGUGCUGCUGGUCUCCAACAUGGCUAUGUGUGUGUUUCUUAACUGCUGGUCAAGCCAUCGCUUCAAAAACACACAAACAAACAUGCAUUGGCACAUAAGCACAGUGAUCUCAAAACAUCUCAGUUGAUGUAUUGGAAAAUCAAAGCGUCAGGAUUGUAUGUCAUUCAUAGAGUGUUAUGAACAGCAGUGCCCUGAAGCCUGACAAGCAGUACUGGCCUUGUAGGUCUUAAAAGUUGCCAGUAGUUGUUCCCACUAGCGACUAGUGACACUGGCAUGAGCUCACACAAGGCCCCUCUGCCUCUGUGAGUUUGUCCUUUGAGUCAUUGGCACAUUUAUUUUUCAGAAAUAAAAACACACCGAAUAAAGUUAUCAAACCAGAUAUAAACAGCCAAGACUUUUAAUGUAGCAACUUGUGAACAGUCUUUUAAGCUGUUUCUUGUUCAUUUUAGAAUUGCAAUGUUUGUUUUUUCAGAUAAAAGUAACUGUGGUAAUGAUUUGGAGUAAGUGUUUGUGAGAGUCCAGCCCGUUGUGUUCAUGUGGACUGGAUCUCAUGGGACUGUCCUAAAGGAUAACCUUCAAAUAAAAGUGUCUCUCUUCCAGCAGUUAGGAUCCUGCACCCUCCAUCCUGCGCUGACCUCCUUGCUGGGUCUCAUCACUGCUUCCCACCUCCCUCUCUGUGUUCCAUUGUCUAGCCUGCCCUGUGAUCUGUCCCUCUGUUC